AUGUCUCAGCCAAACGCUACGGCUGGUCCGAGUCGUACGAAGACAUACGUUCCGCACCAGCCUUCUCCUCUCUCCGGUUCCGACUCCAACAAUGAAGACUCCCCCGAACAGAUGGCUACUCCUGUCAAUCGAAGGCCGAACCAGGGAGUGAUCAACACGGCGAACAGGUUGCAGGCGGUAGUCGAUGAUCAACUAUCUCCCAUCGAUCAAAGACGCCGUGUCGGACUUGCCGCUAACCUCGACCCUCUGUCACACCCUUCGCCUGCCCCCGGGGCAACUCCUACUCCUUCCGGUCGGAGGCCCACCACCGCUGGAGCACGACAGCGUCAAGAAGGCCAGCAAAUGCAAACGGAUAGUACCAAUGUCAUCUCGGCCAACAGCAGAUUCCAGACGUCACAACUCACGGCUACCGAAGAGCUGCGAUCCCGUGUCCAACGCCUAGAGGAAGACGUGAGGAGGAAGGAGGCCGUCAUUCAGAGUUUACGGGGAGAUGUCGAGGAUCUAAAGGCGAGCGUUGCGGGCUUGCAAGCUGGCACUCACCAGGAAGAACCCGCGGUCGAUAACAGCCAGGAGGAGAAGCAGAAAAGAGCGAUAUCCAGGAUGGUGAAGAGUGCGGUAGAAACGCUGUACGGGGAUACCAAAAUGUCAACCUGCGUUACGGAGGGCGGACAGACAGACGAAAUGCGGUGGAAUUAUCAACAAGCACCAACCUCUGUAUACAAUGAUCAGCAAACACGAAGAGUCCUUGCCUUGUGUACCGAUAACCGGGAGAGCAUACCUUUGACGAAAGACAACCCUCGCGAAUCGAUUCCCGAUUACAAGGAUGCCAAGGACUUGUUCCAUGAAGCCAUCCGAGAUCGCUUCUACGCCAACCAGAGUACCCAUAGAAAGGGGGUGAUUGCGCGAUGGGGGGAGGAAGGACCAGACGGACCGAGGGAAAAGUUGCUGGAGGAGAUCAGGGUUCAGGAGCAGUUGAGGGAUAACGGGGAUGACGAGGAGAGCACCGCGGCGGAGGAGGCACUCACGCAGUUGAACCAAACGCUGGAUAGGAACGACAGCGCCUUAGCCGCACAGCAGGGGAAUGCAAAGCCGAACAUCAGGUCGAAGUUGAACGCGGCUGUGACGAGGAUGAAUACACGUCGACCCAGGACGAUCUAUGCUGAUGAGAAAUACGAAGGGCUUGCCUGCUUCUACUGGAUCCCGCCGUUGUAUUGCGAUCAGUCGUCGGGCUCGCCAAAGUGGCAUGAGGCUGAGUGGGAGGGCGUUUACUCGCAGCAGUACAUCAAGAUGCACAAGAGCGUAUGGAACCUGAAGAUGCAGACAAAAGGGAGCGGUAAACGUGCGUUGCCAGUAGCCCCGGGACCAACUUUCGACGAACUACCCGAGGGAGAAGAGCGCCGCCCCGUCGAGCUGUACCUUCCCUCCAGUCUAGCGUUUCUUCAUCAGGCCCCACAGCGCUGGAUGUUCUGUCAGGCUUGGUUAGACGACCCGGAAAACGCGGAGGUCGUCGAGAGCAGAAUCGUACCUGUCGACGAGCCUACGUCCUUCUCCGAUGUUGAGAAAAUGGACUGGAUCCUCAAUCACCCUUGGACGAUCAUGAAGGCUAAGAGAAGCGCCAACGAGAAGAAGAAGGUCGAGAACGAAAAGAAGAAGAAGAAGAGGGCCUGGUCAGAAUCUACACAGGCGGCGACUACCGACAGCGAGACUCACCGCCCAAUGAGUGCAACUUCUACGGCGCUGAACCGAGGUCGAUCAGCCCAGCCUGCCGAGCGAACCAUCAAACGGCCACGAACGGAUCGACGCGAAUCGUCUAUUGCGGGUGAGACGAUUGAGGAGGAGGAUGAUAUGGAUGAGCCAGAGCCAGAGAGGUCGGAGGAAUUGAUGUCAAGACAGCCAAACCAGCCUGAGCCGACGAUCACGACGAAUUUUGAGGGAAGGAACCAUGGGGUCGACCAGUCCGGAGGCGCGUCAGUAGGCUGGAACCCUGGGAUGCAGGCGGUCGGAUUCCAUCCUGGUUGGGCCGGCCAAUCGCCUGCCUCGCCAUUCCCUGUCGGGCAGCAAUACAUUCAAGGCAAUGUCAAUGGGUUCAAUCAGGACCGCUCGGAUCCCUUCCAAGUAUCUCGCCACCCAAACGACCCACGCUUCUUCGCUCCGGUGGGAUCCGGAUACGGCCCGUUCAACGGCGGCGGCUUUGUCGGACAAGGUGGGAACGUUGCGUACAUGCAGGGCGGCGGAGGCUUCGGAUACAUGAAUGGUGGGGGUGGUGGGCCUGGAGGAAGUGGAGGUUCGGACGGUAUUCAGAUGAAUGGCGGUGGGGCGGUGAAUGGGGUGAUGAAUGGUAGCAGGGCGCCGACAGGGAUAAUGACGACUCUUUACGACAAGGACUCUAUGGGAAACGCCUCUCCAAGUCAGCAGAGCCCUCGGGCCGGGCAUCGUCCAGGAUGA